AUGACGGACACCGCAUCUCCAAUCGAACUGCCGGUCAUCGACAUCUCCAACCCCCACGAUCCGUCCGUGGGGAAGCAGAUGUUGGAUGCCGCGGCCAAGUACGGCUUCCUGUAUGUGAACAGCAAGGGCACCGAUUUCACGGCGGAAGAUGUGGACCACGCAUUUGGACUGUCCAAGAAGUUCUUUGCAUCGCCUGCGCUGGAGAAGGAGACCUGCCGGAUUACGCCGAAUAACCGCGGUUGGUCGGGUAUGCAUACGGAGACGCUGGAUCCGGAGCAUCAGCGGACCGGCGACUUCAAAGAAGCCAUGAACUUCGGCGAAUUCAAAGACGGCAAAGCCCAACAACCUCUGCCCCCGAGCCUGGUGCCGCACGAAGCAGAAAUCAAUGGCUUCGCCGCGCUCUGCAACAAGACCUGUAACCGGAUCCUGAACCUGCUGGCUCUGGGCCUGGAGAUGCAAGAAGACUUCUUCACAUCGCGCCACGACCCCAGCGGUGGCUCAACCGGCAGCAUCCUGCGCUACCUGUACUACCCAUCAAUCUUCUCCGCGGCAACGGCAGCGUACAAGCACGACAAAGACGUGCGAGCCGGUGCACACUCCGACUAUGGCAGCAUCACGCUGCUCUUUCAGCGACCCGGCCAGCCGGGACUGGAGAUCCUGACUCCCGAAAGCACCUGGGCGCCUGUCCCUAUCGUUCCGGGCGACCAGGCCGAUGCGUACCCGUUUCCCCCGAUUCUUGUGAAUAUCGGGGACCUGCUCAGCUAUUGGACGGACGGGUUGCUCAAGUCCACUGUUCACCGGGUGGUGUUUCCGCUGGCCGAGCAGCGAAGUCCGAAUCCGCAGGAUCGAUAUACGCUUGUGUAUUUCUGCCAUCCGAUUGAUACGACAGAGCUCGUUCCUGUUCCGAGUGAGGUGGUCAAGGCUCAUCGGGGGCAGACGGGGGGAAUUAGUGCGCGGGAUGAUGGGAAGGUUGGGUUCGGUGGUGGUGCGGGUAACUUGGAGCCAGGGAAGAGACCGUUGACGGCGCAGGAGCAUCUCGAGUCGCGGCUGGCCGCAACAUAUGGUUUCAAGAAGGAGUAG